ACCAAAACUAAACAUUAAUCUCUCUCUAUAAAUUCCACCUUCUCUCUUUCUCUCCUUGUCUUCUCCAAACAACAACAGCAACAUCAUCAUCAAUUCAUCAUCAUCAUUCAAAAAUUCUCUUUUUUUUUCUCUGAGGUGAUCAAGAGAAGAAGAGUUUGCUUAUCCAUAUUGUAGAUCGUCUUAACAGAAGAGGGAGGGUACUGGUUUGCGGAGGCAUUUGGACUUCUGCGAGCUUAGAAUCCUCUCUCCUUUGUGUAUUUAUUUGUGAAUUCAUAGCUGUUGCUGUUGGAGGUUCCUUUCCUCAAGGGGUGCGUGUAGCAGCAUCAGUGUUUGGUGACCUUGUUUCAAUUGAUAAUUUGGGGAAAAUUUCAAGUUAAAAGAGAGAAAGAUAUUGACUAUUGAGACUGGAAUAAUGGGUUCUGUUUGUUGUUGUUUGAGUGUUAAUGAUUUUGAAGAUUAUAUGAAUCCAAAUAGUCCUGUAUAUAGGAACCGUCAGUGCCUCAGUUCCGUCUUACAGAACUUUUUGAAUGCGUAUGCAUCAAUAUUCCGUAGAGGGGAAAUGCAGGCAAUUCCUUCAUCUAUACAGGGGGCAGCAUCUAUGACUUCCACAGCAUCGCUUGAUAAUUCUCUAUCUGACAUGUACCGCUCUCCUCCAAGGCCAAUGCCUUAUGAUGCAGACCCGAGGCAUUUCCGCUCUCAGCAUGAUAGACUAGUUUCACGACGUGAGAAGGGUUCAAGUCAUGUGAAUGAUGAGGCAGAACCUCUAAGAAGUGAUCUAGAUGAGGAUGACCAACAAUCUUUAACUUCAAGCAACAAGUGGCAUGAACGUGCUAGUGAAGAUGGAUCCAAAGAAUACCACUCUAAGUCUUUAAUAAGGCUUUCAUCAGCAAGACCUACCACUGGAGUUGGACUUGUCUAUUCGUCCUCAGAAGAGGAGGAUUGCUGUCCAACUUGUCUUGAAGAAUAUACUGAAGAGAAUCCGAAGAUAGUGACAAAAUGCUCUCAUCAUUUUCAUCUUGGUUGCAUUUAUGAGUGGAUGGAGAGAAGUGACACCUGUCCAGUUUGUGGGAAGACCACAUCAAAAUCAGAGGGACGAGAGUGGGACUUAACCAGUCUGCUUAACUGGAAACCAGUCUCUGGUGAUGGUAUUUGAUGAAACGACGUAAUCUUGAGUUAAAAGUUGUGUCGUAGAUGAAGCCAGCAACAAAGGAAAGCAAAGAUACAAAUACAAAUUAUAGACAUUGUGAAUACUUCAGAUUAAGCCUUGUCAUGUACAUAAGUAUAUAUACGAGUUUGCUUAACCAUUAUUUUGAGUUCAAUAUCAUCCAUGUUUCUAUUGCCAAAACUUAUUAUGAGGAAACAGGAUAAGGCAAUUUUAGAUGAAAACUUUCUCAUGGUUUCAACAGUUUCUCCUUUCAA